AGGCCGCCGCCAGCGCCUUGCCCGCGCGCUCUGUGCCGCGAGUGCGCGCGUCAUGGGUGCGUGCGGGGACGCUGCCAUGGAUCGCGCCAGCGAACGCAGCAGUCGCCGGCGAGGCUGCUGCCUGCUCGGCGCCGUCGCCGUCGCGGCGCUGGGUGCCGCCGCCUGCGCCGCGGGAUGCGCGUCGGUCGGCCUGGCCCGCGGUGCCAUGGUGCGCCCGCGGCCGCCACUCGCGCGAGCGCCGCGCGCUGGGAGGUGGCUCCGUGCGCCGCGCAGCGUUGCCGCCUCCGCGGGGCCCACGAAGCUCGUCAACACGCAGGAGGAGCGGGCGCGGCUGGUGGCGCUCGGCUACAGCGAGGUGGAGGCCUACCUGAUGCGCCCAGAGCUGGCGGCCACCGUUCUGGAGCGCGGCACGCGUCGCCCCUGGGGCGCCAAGCCGAUGCCCGCCGACUGGACAAAGGAGGAGCUGCUCAAGUCGGCCGAGUGCCAGGCCCUGCUCGCGGCAGAGCAGGACCGGAAGAGGACCGAGUACCGCGCGCUGGGCGGGCAGACCAACAGCGAGCCAGGCAGCAAGAAGCGGCUGCCGUACCUCUGAGGCGGUCGGCGCAGGGGUUUGCCGUCGGCGCACGUCACGCGGCGGCGUCAGCAUCGUCGCCGGCGCCCUCGGCGAUCGCCGGGGUCGAAGGACGAGGGCGCCGAGGAACAUGAAAAGCCAGACAGCGGGGAGCGGGCGGCGGGCCUGACCUCUCUCUCGCGCGGGCGGCUCAACGGCCGCGGCCCGCGGGCGAGAGAUCCGACGUGCGCUCGCGGCGUGCACACGGGCAGAGGAGGCGAUC